AAGCGAAUUUAUAUCACUACUAGCAGCAGCAUAGUCUAUCCUAACCUGAUUGGAAAGGCCACUGUCCCUAUAGUCAGCCCUGACAGCCAGAAGGUAGAAAUGGUGCUGAAUUACGCUAUACAUGUAUUUACUUUUCCAAUCAACAUCUUUAGUAGCAAACAGCUCUACCAAGCCAGAAGCUACUUACAGCAUAACAAAGUCGUAGCCUCUGACAGUAAAAUCCUUACAAAAUUGGAUAUCCCAAAGCAAGGCUUCUUUAUGACUGUCUAUAGACAGCCAAAGCCUUUA